AUGUAUAUAUAUUUAAAUUACAGUAUGUCUUUUUCGGUAACAUGUUUGCUAAAAAAACAAAAUCGAUUACUAACGGCAAUGAGUAUACGGCACAGAAGUCAACGUAGAAAUUUGGGGAAACCUCCUGGUAUUGCAAAAACAUUAGAAGAGAGAAUGGAAGAAAUGAACUUCAAAGAUCCAAAAAUUCACUUUAAAGUUGACAUUGGAUUACCAUCACCUCAAAAAGACAAAAAAACUGAAACAGCCAAGAGAAUCGAGUUUAUAAAAAAACUAAAAUGCAAUGCUGAACUUGAAAAAUUAGCAAGAAACAAUGAAUUGCCAGUAUCAAUGGAUGAAAUAUUUAAUGAUUGGUCAAAAACAAAUGCUCCAUUACAUAUAAAAAAAGUAGCAGAGUACUAUGGUAUAUUUGAACAUUUAUAUGGAGAUGCCUAUUUUACACCUUACAUUCAAAUGGAUAUUAGUUAUGAAUACAACUCAAAAAAAGUACCUGUUUACAGAGGAAAUAUUAUCAAACCUAUUGAGGCUCUAAAUAGUCCGGAAGUAAAUUUUGAAGCCCCUGAAAAUACACUAUGGACGUUAAUGCUUACUAAUCCAGAUGGACAUUUACAAAAAGAAAAUUCUGAAUACAUCCAUUGGCUAGUGGGAAAUAUACCAGGUGGAGAUGUUAACAAAGGUGAAACUGUAUUUAAUUAUUUACAACCAUUUCCAGCAAAAGGUACAGGAUACCAAAGAAUGAUUUUUGUUCUUUACAAGCAAUCCACAGAAAUAAAUUUUUCUUCAAUUAAAUUGGAUAAUGAAAAAGUAGAUUUGGCUAAAAGAACAUUUAGCACUUUUGAUUUUUAUCGUUCUUAUGAAGAUAUUAUAACACCAGCCGGAUUAGCAUUUUAUCAAACUGAUUGGGACAAUUCAUUAACAAAGUUUUAUCAUGAACAAUUAUCGAUGAAAGAACCAGUUUAUGAAUAUGAUUUUCCAUCUCCAUAUAUAAAACCACAAAAAUGGUUCCCCCUCAAAGAACCAUUCAAUUUAUACAUGGAUAAGUAUCGUGAUGAAAAACAAAUAGCCAAAGAAUUUUUAAUAAGAAAACUUAGAAAAACACAUCCAUUCCAAAAGCCUGAACCACCUCUUAAGUAUCCAAAUGCAGUGCCAUUCAAGAAAACUACUCCAUCUUGGUUAAAAUUAGAGAUGAAAAAAGAACGUUUAAGAUGGGGACGUGUGAAUGAUUACUAAAUUUUCAAUAAAUUAAUAAUUUACUUAGUUUAAAUAUUUAAAUAUUUGUUCAUGAUAAGAAAAAAGGUUUUUAAAUAAAUACUUUUGUUUAUUUUACCAAA